CUUUGUUGACAUUUGCAUUAGUCUCUUUUCGCCGUUGCCUUUUUUUCCUCAUAAGAUCCUCGCUAGCCGAGCCUGUUCCUUUGAAGAAUAUUUUCACGAUUAAUCAUUUUAUUAUCCUCCCUCUUCUCUGCUCCUAAUCAAAAGACAAACAAAUUAAACCGCGGCCUUCGUUGAGUCAUACGAGUCGGCACAAUGAAUUUCUUUUCAAAGCCAACUCUCAAAGAGGAGAUGCGUGAGAAUGACAAAGCUCUGCGUCAAGUGGGACGGAGUCUGGACAGAGACUUGAAUCAGCUCGAUCGAGAAGAAAAUAAAUUGAAAGCUGACAUUAAAAAGGCUGCCAGAGAUGGGGACAAAACAACCUGCACAGUUCUUGCCAAGCAGCUUGUCCAACUCAGGAAACAAAAACAGAAAAAUCUUCUUGCCAAGGGAAAGGUGAUGUCUGUCGGUGUCCAUGCCAAAACUAUGGCUGCGAAUGUGAAAGUGGCUGGUGCCCUGAAGACCACAACGAAGACCAUGGCCAAUAUGAACAAAGUUCUGAACCCGCAGAAAAUUGCCCACGACGUCAAGGAAUUUGAAAAGAAUGCCAUGAUGAUGGGAAUGACUGACGAAUUAGUUAACGAUACCUUGGAUGACAUUCUUGCCGGCUCUGAUGAAGAAGAGGAAUCAGACCGAGUGGUUAGCCAGGUUUUGGAUGAAAUUGGCAUUGAGCUUUCUGGAAAGAUCUCUCGAGCUCCCGCUGCUCCUGCACAUGAUCUCAAUGAGAAACUGCCGUCUGCGGACGAGCUAGAAGCUCAGUUGAACAAAUUGCGCAGCUAAAUUAUCAAGACUAAUUAACCAAAUCUGCAGGCUGUGUUGCUACAAAUUAAGUGCGUAAUGUGUAAUUAUUAAUUUAACCUUUUUCAAAUAUUCGAUGCAAUGGUGGAUUUUUUCAAUACAUAAAAAUGUGACCUUCUGAUUUAAACAAAAUAAAAUUUUGCUUUUAAA